CGCCCCGCCACUAAUACACUAUUACUACUACCUACUACUAUCACCCUCUACGACAGAGCAGAAUACUUUUAUCUCCUACUUGUUCCAUUCCUAUAUGUAAAAAUGUCUUCUAUAAGAAAUGCCGUACAACGGCGCGUUCACCGAGAACGUGCGCAACCACAAGAGCGUCAACGCCUCGGCCUACUCGAGAAGCACAAGGACUACUCCCUACGUGCCAAGGACUUCAACAAGAAGAAAGCCCAAUUGCGCGCUCUGCGGCAGAAGGCUGCCGACCGCAACGAAGAUGAAUUCUACUUCGGGAUGAUGUCGCGAAAGGGCCCUGGUGAUGCAUUGUCGCUAGGGAAGCGGUGGACUGGAACCGUCAAUGGCGACCGUGGCAAUAAGGUCAUGGAUAUCGACACCGUGCGCCUGCUUAAAACCCAGGAUAUCGGGUAUGUGCGCACCGUGCGCAAUACCGCGCUCAAGGAGACCAAAGCGCUUGAGGAGAGAGUUGUGGGAUUAGGCGGUAGCUUGGACCCCCAAGUUGAAGAGGACUCGGACGACGAAGAUGGGUUUGGAGCACCGAAGCAGACGAAGCCGAAGAAGAUCGUAUUCACAGAGGGCGUGGAGGAGCGUGAUGAGAAGUUACGGCGGGAAGUGGAGAAGAAUACGGACGAUGAAGAGGAUCUGGAUGUAGAAGACGAUGCUGAGAAGGACAACCCGGAAGCAUUACGUGCCGAACAGCAGCAGAAGCUUCUCGAGAAACUACAGCGGAGACUACAAAAUGCACGAAAGAAGCUACGAAUUCUCGCGCGAACCGAGCACGAGCUCGAGCUCCAAAGGUCCAAGAUGGCGAAGACAGCAACAUCGGGAAAUAUUGUCACGAAAUCCGGCAAGAAGAUCAAGAUUCGGGAGCGUAAGAGGUAGAGUAGAGCGUUUGCAUAUCACGGGCAAGAGACGGAAAAAUGGAAUUAGGAAUUCGGACAAGCAGCCGAAAUCCUUGGUUUUGAUCAUAUUAUUACAGGCGGCGUUCAGGCACCGGGCUUCAGAUCGUCUAGAGCUAUGCGAUACCCAGGAAGAAAUAAACCCAUCCCAUCACAUCACAUCCCAUAUUUACAUUUCCCGAGCAGCCUCUCGCCUCGCUCGUGACUCUACCUGUACCU